CCGAGAUGAAGUGAAGUAGAGCGACGGCAAGAAGGCAAGGGUUGACAAUCUGCGUCUGUAAAACAAAGUCCCCACUUAGACAGGCUAUGUUGACACGACGCAUUUGGACCCUGGGAUGUUUAAGGACACGGAAUCUACGGAGUUUUCCUUUUGUGCAAAUCUAUGUAGGACGUGGCGUCUGCGACUGCACUGAAGUAGCCUAAAUUUAUCUGCGGCAAAAGACUUUUUUUUUAACACGCGCAAAAAAAAAGACAACAACUGCAACCUGGACUACUAUUGUAAAACAGGAAUGGUUUAUCCUCCCGAAGGUUUAUUCUACAUCGAAAUGGAUCAAGCACCACCAGCUCUCCCUCCCAGGUCAACAAAGCCAGUGUCUUCCAGCAUGAACAACAACUGUCCUUCACCGCCUGCGUAUUCGCUGGAGGACGCUGAAUGGUACUGGGGAGACGUAACUAGGGAUGAAGUAAACGAGAAGCUCCGUGACACACCUGACGGCUCCUUUCUGGUGCGUGACGCAUCCACAAAGCUGCAAGGAGACUUUACGCUAACAUUAAGGAAAGACGGGCACAACAAGCUGAUCAAGAUUUACCACCGUGAUGGGAAGUACGGCUUCUCAGACCCCCUCACGUUUACUUCAGUGGUGGAGCUCAUCUGGCACUAUCAGCACCAUCCAUUGGUGGAAUAUAACGCCACACUGGACCUGAUGCUCACCCACCCAGUGUCUCGCUUCCAGCAGGUGAAAGAGGACAAUGUCGAUGUUGCUGGAAGAAAACUAAAGGAAGUCCACUGUCAGUACCAAGAGAAAUCAAAAGAGUUUGAUCGUCUAUACGAAGCCUUCACAAAGACUUCACAGGAGAUCCAGAUGAAGCGUACGGCAAUAGAGGCCUUUAAUGAGACGAUGCUGAUCUUCGAGGAGCAGUGUCGCGAGCAGGAGCGUUACGGAGAGGAGUUUGAGAGGAGUAGUCUUUCGGAGGGCGCCGACAAAGAUCUGGAGAGCUUUCUGAUAAAUUAUGAGAAGCUGAAGUGCCGUCUGGGGGAGAUCUAUGACAGCAAAAUCCACCUGGAGGAAGACUUGAGGACGCAGGUGGAGGACUACAGAGAGACGGACAGGAAAAUGAACAGCUUGCGGCCAGAUCUCAUCGAGCUACGCAACAUCAGAGACCAAUAUCUGAACUGGCUUAAUCACAAAGGCGUACGACAGAAACGCAUAAAUGACUGGCUGGGGAUACACAGUGACAGCCUUGACGACACAUACGUGUUGAAGGGAGACGAGAAGAAUUUGCCACAUCAGGACGAGACGAGUUGGUUUGUUGGUGAACUGAGUCGGACGCAGGCUGAGGAGAUGCUUCAAGGCAAAGAUCCUGGAACAUUCCUGAUCCGUGAAAGCAGCAAACAGGGAUGCUACGCCUGCUCUGUUGUAGUGAAUGAAGAAGUCAAGCAUUGCAUGAUCUACAGCACACCGCACGGAUAUGGCUUCGCUGAGCCCUACGAUGUCCACUGCUCACUGAAAGACCUUGUCCUCCACUACCGCCUGCACUCUUUAGCGCAACACAAUGACGCCCUGGAUGUUCGGCUGUCGCAUCCAGUACACGCCAAAGCUGCAGCCACGCCUUCGCAACAUGCAGACGAACACAAACUGUUACAGACUCCUAAACACACGUCGGGGCUCCCGCCUGCCGCUCCAGAAAUGUAAUCCAGUGGAGAGAGAGACAGAGGAAAAACGGACAUGUUUACUGUAUCCUGCGAGAAUGACUGCAUCGAGGUGCAAUGUGUAAAAAUUUUGCACUACAGAUCGUUUUUUUUUUUUUUUGUGAAUGGGAUUUCACAGAUUGAAGUGGGUCGGAACUUGAAUGUCAGCUUGAACUUUUUUUUUAUUUUUAGUUUUCAAAGAGACUCUUUAUGCUUUCAAACAAAAUUUUUUUUUGUACUUCAUUUAUUGCUGAUUGUUCUAAUGGACACCGUUUCGGUAGGGAUGUCGACAACCUGAAAUUUGCUCACUGACAUCGGGUGCUGCACCUUCGUUUGAGUUGGCGUUGCUUGAGAUGUCCGUUUCCCAAAUUAAAAUGUAUUCAGUUUUGAAAAUUUGACCAAUAUGUUAGAUAUAUAUAUAUAGAGAGAGAGAGAGUUACUACUACAAAGUGCAUUUGUGAGAGUAUGAAAAAAAUGGUGCUGUAAGCAGGCUGAUUCCAUCUUCUGUUUGGUGGACCAAACCAUUUUUGGGUAAAAUGCCACGUGUGAAUAUGUGAAAAGUCGUGGUGCAUCUUGAGUAUUUGCCCCUUUCUUGAUAAACAUUCAUAUACGAUGGCUAAUUAUGUAGCAUUAACAUCCUGUAGAAUACCAUAGUAAAAGCAUACUCAAUGUUAUACCCACUGACCAAAGCACUUAAUAGUGAGUAAAACUACAUCCCUGUUUAGUCCGGUAAUUGCAUUUGGGCAAGGGUAGGGCAAUUUAUGUACACCUGCUGAUGUGCUGAUCAAACAUAAUCUGAAGUACUGUAUGUUAUAUUCUGUUACUCAAAGAAGUAUAAGCUUUUUGUAUUCUAUAUAUAUUUUUUCUAUAAACAUGCCACAAGAUGAAAGCUUGAAGAAAGUGCAAUCCAACAGUAUUUCUAUUGUUGCAAUGUAUGAUGAUGGUAGUGGUGGUGAAGGUAAUGCUGUUAUGAGAGGUUGACAUUUGCCACAAAAAUGCACUCUCUUUGGUGGUGUCGGUAUGGUGUGGCCUCCGAUGUUUGUGUGAACUGCCAGAGGUCCGGAAGUAUCCUGCCUCCAUUACUUGAACUGUGGCAUUGCUCGAGCUAUGAAUGUUUUUCAUGACAUGCAGCCUACAUAGCUUAAGAGGAAAGGAAUCCAUGUUGAACUUGGCACAUUUUUCAAGUUUGAGGACAAUAGAUACUCUGUACAGAGAAACCGUAAAAUGUAUUUCUGAGGUUGGUUUAUGGAAGGAGGUUGAUUAAGCCUCUUUAAAAAAAAUAUAACUCCACUGGGGGAUUGAGGAGACUCCUCGGGUGAAGCUGAGCAAUGUGAGAUCCUGACCUUUUUCUUGCUGAAAGACAAUAAACUGAUGAGGGUUUUGUCAACUUA